AUGGCCACCUUGGCCUCGUCACCCCCCGACCUCGCCCUCGUGGCCCAAACGACGCCCUCGAGCCUGGGCCCUCCGUUGCGAACGAUACUGCUGUGCAGCAGCAAGCUGCUUUCCACUCGCCUUCGUCUACGGCCUCACCACAUGGGCGGUAUCCCGAGCUCCAUCGUCGCAUUUUCCCUCUACGCCAUCCUCAACUUCUCGUAUACUGUCGCCGUUUUCACCGAUCCGGGGUCACCGAUCUCUACCAGUCGCGGGGCCGACCGUCAUGAGUACAGCGCCCUCCCUCCAUCGGAGCACCCGGAGUUCACAUCAUAUACCGUCACAUCGAGUGGUGAAUCACGGUACUGCAAAAAAUGCCAGUGUCCGAAGCCGGACCGCGCGCACCACUGCUCGACGUGCAAACGAUGCGUCCUCAAGAUGGACCACCAUUGUCCCUGGCUGGCAACCUGUGUUGGACUGCAUAACUACAAGGCAUUCCUGCUGUUUUUGAUCUACACAUCGAUAUUCUGUUGGGUUGUUUUUGGAAUUGCGGCCGUCUGGGUCUGGACCGAGAUCCUAAACGAUACCCAGUACAUGGAUACUAUUCUCCCGGUCAAUGUAGUUCUUCUGGCUAUUCUGGGUGGCAUCAUUGGCCUGGUUCUGAGCGGAUUCACAGCCUGGCAUAUCAGUCUGGCUGUACGGGGUACAACUACCAUUGAAUGUUUGGAAAGAACUCGGUACGUGUCGCCUUUGCGCAAAGCGCUAGACAGACAGCGGAAUGAGCAGGCGCCCAACAAUAACUAUUGGGGCGAGCCGGGCGAGGAAAGCAUAUCCACCCGUUUGCAAGGAUAUGGCAAUCAGAUCAUCGAUGCCCACGCCAAUGCAAUUCCAGGAGUCACCCGGGCCGAAGAGGGCGAAGAGCACACGUAUCCUGCACCGCGCCCAUCCGGGCCUCCGGACGGCUCAGGAAACGGCCUCACGCCAGCACAGCAAGCAUUGACCCGGUCAUACGCCGAGAUGGAGCGGCAGCGCGAGCACUCGAGGUACGAGGAGUACCAAAACGACGAAGACAACGAAAAAAUGCCCAGCGCGUUUGACCACGGCUGGCGGCGUAACCUGCUCCACCUCUUCGGGGAACGGCCGCUCUUCUGGGCUGUGCCCAUUUGCAACACGACCGGCGACGGCUGGCGUUGGGAGCCAAGUGCUAAAUUCCUAGAAGCGCGUGACCGCAUGCGACAGCGUCGAGAACAGGAAUCCACCGAGGAGCAGCAGUACUACCGCGAGCUCUACCAGCGCAAUCUCGACAACAGUAAUAGUUGGAGAGAAGGCGCUUCACAGCCGCAAAAGGUGCCAACCCGCGGUAGCACGCCUGAUCGGCCUCCGACAUCCGUGUCGAUGCAGACUCUUGCACCCCGGUCGCCGAGGCCGAGGCCUGGUGAUAGUGAUUAUGGAGAUGACGUCGAAGGGAACGGGUUGUUGGACCCGGGCGCUGGCCGCCAGCAGGCUACACGCCGUGACACUGAUGAAUGGCGGGCCUGGGACUAA